CAAUUUCCUGUUCCGGGUCCCGUAACAGAAACGUCGCGUGAACGGCGCGGCUAAACGUAAAGUUUUAUAGGAAAACUUAAACGUUUUUGCAUUUUAAACACCUAAAAUCUGUUCUUCUUUAUCCAGUUUGUACAACAUACGUGUAUCCGGAGGUCUAUCUUCAAAUACGAAAGUAUUAGAGGAUGUCUCUGCCAAAGCGGGAGGUGGAGGAACUGAGACCCUGGGUGGAGCGCACUGUGAAGAAGGUCCUGGGUUUCUCUGAGCCCACAGUGGUCACCGCAGCUUUACACUGCGUGGGGAAGGGGCUGGAUAAAAAGAAAACCAUAGACCAGCUGCGUCCGUUCCUCGAUGACUCUGCAGGAGGGUUUGUAGAGCGUCUGUUCGAAGCCCUUGAGGAAAGCCGUAGCAGCCGGGGCAGCAAGGGUGGAGGUGAAAAGAACCGGAAGAGAGAACUUAAGGAUGUCUUUGGAGAGGAGGCAGAGAAGGGGGCACUGAAGGCAGCUAAAGAUACAGGAGAUGGAACAUCAGUCAAGAGAAAACGAGUCCCACGCUUCCAGGAGGUGGAGGAGCCUGAGGUUGUUCCUGGAACGCCAUCUGAAAGCCCUGCUAUGCUCACCAAAAUGCAGAUCAAACAGAUGAUGGAAGCAGCCACUAAACAGAUUGAAGAAAGGAAGAAACAGCUGAGCUUUCCAUCACCAGCCCCAUCUGCAACAGCAGAUGUGUCCCGGCUUCCUGGUAAUCCUGCUAGUGGAGGAGCCUCAUCAAUCGCCCCCUCUCAGGCUGCCAGCUUUAUGAAUGAUGCGAUAGAAAAAGCCCGCAAAGCAGCUGAGCUACAGGCCCGGAUCCAGUCUCAAUUGGCUAUGAAACCUGGUAUCCUAGGCACUUUGGGAAACGCAGGCCCUCCAAACUUUGUCACCCUUGCCAACCUGCACGCGAUGGGAAUUGCACCACCGAAAGUUGAAGCAAAGGAGGUGAACAAACCAACACCUCUGAUUCUGGAUGACAAAGGCAGAACUGUUGAUGCUACAGGAAAAGAGAUUGAACUCACACACCGUAUGCCCACCCUCAAAGCUAACAUACGGGCUGUAAAGAGGGAGCAGUUUCGCCAGCAGCUGAAGGAGAAGCCUGGAGAUGACAUAGAGUCUACAUCCUACUUUGACCAGCGUGUACCAAUAACACCCGCUCAGCGAGCUCGCAGGGGCUUCAAAUUCCACGAACCGGGCCGCUUUGAGAAGAUUGCUCAGAGAGUUCGAACCAAGGCUCAGCUGGAGAGGCUGCAGAAUGAAAUUGCUCAGGCUGCAAAGAAAACAGGAAUUCAAGCGUCCACCAAGCUGGCACUGAUUGCUCCGAAAAAAGAGAUUGGAGAAGGGGAGGUUCCUCAUAUUGAGUGGUGGGACUCGUUCAUAUUACCAUCCAACACGGCCAUAAAUCCGGACUCAAAAUUUGAAGAGUUUGACCUUUUUGGUGUAACAAACUUAGUAGAACAUCCCGCUCAAAUUAGUCCACCAGUUGACACAGACAAACCAGUAACAUUAGGAGUGUACCUUACAAAGAAGGAACAGAAGAAACUUAGGAGACAAACACGGAGAGAAGGACAAAAGGAAGUUCAGGAAAAGGUUCGCCUUGGACUGAUGCCUCCACCAGAACCAAAAGUACGUAUCUCUAAUCUGAUGCGAGUCUUGGGGACGGAGGCUGUUCAGGAUCCCACUAAAGUAGAAGCACACGUGAGGGCGCAGAUGGCCAAGAGACAAAAAGCUCAUGAAGAGGCCAAUGCAGCUCGUAAGCUGACAGCAGAGCAGAGGAAAGAAAAGAAGGUUAAGAAGUUAAAAGAAGACCUUACUAAUGGUGUUCAUGUUUCAGUGUACAGGAUCCGUAACCUGCAAAAUCCAGCAAAGAAAUUUAAAGUGGAGGCAAACGCCAACCAGCUGUACCUGACGGGCACAGUGGUUCUGCACAGAGACGUCAAUCUAGUUGUAGUGGAGGGAGGCCCUAAAGCCCAGAAAAAGUUCAAGAGGCUGAUGAUGCACAGAAUUAAAUGGGAGGAACACAACAGUAAAAGAGAUGAUCCAGAUGGCGAUGAUGAUACCAGGAGAAACAACAAGUGUUGGCUUAUUUGGGAGGGGACGGCUAAGGAGCGGAGCUUUGGAGAGAUGAAGUUCAAGCAGUGCCCCACUGAGAACAUGGCUCGAGAGCACUUCAAGAAGCACGGCACAGAACACUACUGGGACUUAGCGCUGAGCCAGAGUGUGUUGGAAGGCACAGAUGACUGAAACAAACCAGUGGAGUGGUUGAUUUAGUCAGUGACUACCAGCGUCAAGCCUGCAGAUCGCCUGCCUAAAAGCCAGCCGCCCCAUCUGCUGGUUACUGGAUGGACAUAGGCUUCACUAAGACACUUGAACAUAAAAAAGGAGCGACAACGAACAUGUGCGAGUCAUUUCUUCUGCUUUUUUUUUUUUGUGAGAAUGGUAUGGAUACAGGUGUGUGUAGAUAAGUAUGUGUAUAAAUCUGCAGCGUCUUGCUCACAAAGGCUUUUUCUGUCUGACUUUAAUUUUUUUUUUUUUGUGGACGGAUUGCCCAGUUCAAUAUAACAACUUUUCAAAGGCAUAAUGUGGUGAGGAGAUCUGUUUACUAUGACUGAUAAUUUUGUGAUUAAGAUGUAAACUUGUCUCAAUCCAUUUAAACUGAAAGAGUUUAGAACCCCCCCCUUAUUAGAAACAACUAUCACAGGUUUUGUG